AAUGAAUGGGUUGCAAUCAUUGAUUUUGUUAUUACUCUCGUACUGUUCAUGCAGAACAAUUGAAGCACCAAAAACUCAACCGGCUCUUUUGAUUGUUUCGUACGAUGGGUUCAAACAAGAUUAUUUGAAUUGGAAUAUUACGCCAAAUCUUGAACAGUUCCGUGAAAUGGGCACGUCGGCGGAGUUCUUGAAGCCCGUUUUUCCCACAACAACUAUGGUUAACCACUUUUCAAUUGCAACAGGUCUUUAUCCUGAAAACCAUAGCGUGCUUGGGAAAGCAAACUAUGAUUCGAAACUUCAUAGACAACUGAAAUACAGCUAUGAAUUAUUCCAUUAUGAUGAAAGUAUUGUACCGAUUUGGACAGCAAACGAGCUGGCUGGCGGGCAUUCAGGAUGUAUGAUGUGGAGUGGAAGCAAUUUCGAGUUCAAAGGCAAAAAUUGUACAUUCACGAUGAAAUUAGACAAAAGUGUAUCGUUCAAGGAACGCGUUGAUAUAGUAAUGGGAUGGUUCACACACAAAGAAACGCCAGCAAAUCUGGUUAUGAUGUAUAUUGAGCAACCCGAUAGUGAUGCACACAAAUUCGGACCAGACUCGCUUCAAGCAAUGGAGAAAGUGUCCGAAGUUGACAAUCUCGCGGGAUACAUCCAGCGGAAGUUGGUUGAGUAUCAGCUGGAAAAUCGCAUCAAUGUCAUACAUUUGUCAGAUCACGGAAUGGUGGGAGUAGGGAAAUCCAACAUAAUCGACCUAACGCAAUUCUUAAAAAAUGGAACAUAUCAAAUGUAUGGCUCUUCACCUGUGUUUCAAGUUGUACCAAUAGAUCACGAUGUCGAGCAGGAAAUAUUCACAAACUUAACCAAAGCGGCUCAACAAAAUGGUCAUUUCAAAGUGUUCAAUCAAGAGAAUCUUCCGACUCGUUGGCAUGCAAACAACGCGAGGCGCAUGGGGCCAAUUAUUACCGUGGCUGAUAUCAAUUAUGGGUUUCACGAUCUUUAUCGAUAUCCGAAUACAACCGUUCACGGUGUCCACGGUUAUGAUAACGCUGAACCUGCGAUGAAUGCAUUUUUCAUGGCGAAAGGACCUCUGAUCGCUAGUGGAAAAAGGUUAAGCACGGUCAACAACAUUGAUUUGUAUAAUUUAUUUUGCUUGAUUCUGACAAUAGAAUGCCGCCAAAAUGACGGGUCAAACAACCCAAGCAUUUGGAAUGAGCUAUUUGUAAAUGUAAACAAUGAUGAAAAUGAACGCAGCAAUUACAUUCCUUUCCAUUCAUAACGAAAACAAUAUUAUGUCGGUUCUAGUGAAAUGAUAUUCUGUUUCAUUUCAAUUACGAAAAAAGUAUUAUGACACAAAUAGUCAUAAAAAAAAAUCAAUAAAACAAUUAAGG